CAGCGGCCUGUUAACGCUAAUAUGCAGCUCUCCAGUUUUUGACGAAGUUUCUCCGCGAGACGAAAUUCGUUUGACGUUGAAUUAGGCAAGGUUGUUAUCGUAUUUGUGGUUGCAAUCGCACCGGCUUCGAAGGAAAAAUCUUUCAUUUUUACCGUUACUUACCCAAAGGAUUGAAAAUGACUGGCUUGUAUAAGGUAGGAGGAAUAAAUUUCACUGGGGAAUGAACCAGUAUGGUCCUCAAAUUUCGAAAAAUUAUCGUCAUGAUCGGUCAUGCGGGCCACGUAAAUAUGAUGAAUAAUUUUUAUAUCUCUUCGCUAGCGUCAGGUAUCUCUAUCCCUAUGAAGAAACAAAUGAGUUAUGAUCUUUCUUAUUUUGUUUUUCACUUGACUUAGGUUGUGUGUCUACUUUAUACGUGCUUUGGGCCGGUGUUAUCCAGCACCACGUCAGGUAAAUUUAAUCCGCUCGUUAUUGCACAAAUUAUCGCUUUCUAAAUUGCCGUAUUUUCCCGUUAGCAAAAUCCAAGAUAGGUAAACUCUUAACGACGUUCCCGGCAACCUUGUGCUUUUGACUAAAGUUCGUAACUUUAUCCGGCGGAUGGCAACAACUGUUGCCCUCAAGUCAGUAUCUUGUGACAAGCACUUCUUUAUGUAAACGUGAGAGGAACAUCUUUCAAUUAGAAGUUCUACUUCGCCUUCCACGAGCGCCUUCUUUUUCAAAAUUAUGUUUGAAAUUAUAAAGCGAAUUUUACAUUGCAGCAUUGCAAACGGUUUUGAACUAUAUCUGGCUUUUGUUUUGAAAAUUUCUUAGCUUCUUGUUUGAAUUCUUUCUGUCAGAAGCAGGUGAUGUCAAACUGUCAUUGCCAUAUGGAAAUUAUUCGCGAAGGGCUUAAAUUAAGAAGAAAGAAAUACAAUUGGAACAAUUCAUGAAAAUUUUCGUGCCGUUUUUUAUUAACACAGAUGGUUAGAAUUAUACUUAAAUAUCAUACUUUGGCUUUACGAUGUAACAGAGAACGAUAGAAUUUUAUUCAUUUGAAAUUGACCCAAACAAAGUCGAGCGCGGAUUAGCGCUUGUUUUGGGAAUCGUCUUUCGGUUGUUUUAUAUCCGCUCUCUGAAUAGUAAAUAGGUUUUACACGGCUCACGUUUAAAAUAUCUACCAAAGUUAAAGCAUAAAUAUCUCAUCUAUCGUUGUUAGUUACAUUUUCUUUUCACUGCAACGUUUUCAUUACGCUUUCUCGUUAUUUGCGCUUCGAGCAUUUAUCGUCAAGCAUUACUAUUAAAAGGCGGUGCAGGUUGUUUUGCUUCGUUUGCGAUUCUCUUUUUUUUUCUCCGCCAAUAUUUUGCUCUGAAAGAUUGUUCAAAGCCCUAGGGGGCGUGGGAUAAUACAGACUCUUAUUAUAAACCUGCACGGAAUCUCUAUACGCCUCAAAACAUCAUUAAUUUUGAGUAUAGCCCCAAGGUUGUUGUGUUAAAAGUCUUGAAGUAUCAUUAGAAUUAAAACUUGUGGGCAACUUAUAUAGGAACAAUAAGUAAUUUUUGCGGUAAAUUCCUUACCACGUCUGUGAUUAUCGGUUAUAGAGUGCAAUUUUCUUUAUGUUACUAUCUUGUAAUCAUUUUCGCCUGAACGAUAAAUCUUCUUUGAAGGGUCUAGGAAUUUUAAAGUUGUGCCGCACGAAACACAGUCUGCUGCCGUCGAGAAUAUGGAUUCUUCAGAAACAAGUUGCAGUAGACCGUUAAACGCAAGAUGUUAAUUAUUCUCACAGAAUAUUUACAUAGCUGCAUUGAGGCGGUGUAAAUGGGAAGGAAAAACUGAGAGCUCUGUUGGCAAUAUUUAUUCAAAGCGAUAUCUGUUUUUCGUUCCAUCUUCCUAAAUACAUCCACUCAAUGUUUUUCAUUCAUUAUGCAUCCUUCCUCGCCAAAAGAAAUGACAUAUAUUUUUAAAAAGCUCUUCACCUGUGGUGUAUUUAUUUAAGUCAGUUCUGGGCGGAGCAGUGACCAGUCUACUUUAAUAAGUUUUCAUUUAUUAAAUAUAAUUGCGGACUUCUAGCAGAAGUCAAAAUUAAUCUGAUCGAGGUAUGCUGUUUUUUUCUCUCUUUAUUUUCUUAUUUUCACUGAGUAACUUGUAUUUGAUACAAAUUUGCUAGAAUUGCUUUAAUUCGUGUUUCUUUUGAGCGAUGACAAUUUUUCACUGGAAAUUCCCACUGUGAGGAUUGAUGUAAGCGCUGCUGCUUUAGAAAUUUGGUCUUGAAAUAAACCAAGACAACGAUUUGCAUCUGAACUAGACUAUAAAUCACCUCUGUCUCUCACGCAAAAAGUCUCACAAGAAAUCUACCAAUUAAUAUUUUCGAGAGAUCAAACUCUAAGGAAAAUUGGAACUGAAAUAGUGAUUGCUCGAAGAACUAAUCAACAAAGAUGAGUAUUUAUAAAAAAUUUAAAGGGCAAAGUCAAAACUACAAGGUGAUUAUUCAUAGAGAGAAAGCUUCAUUAACUAAUUUUUUUUUUGCAAAAAACGUGCCGAUAAAAACACUACUUGGUAUUGUUUCAAAAGAUCAUACGCUCUUUUUUAGUUUUUGUUUUCCCUUUAUCAAUCAUAAAUUUAUGUAAUAAAUAUGAGAACUUCACGGUUAGUUUAAUUCUGACUCACACUAGCCGAGGGGUUGUAGUGUUUCUGACUAGUGCUGCUUUUAAUUUGAAAAUUUCAGCGUUAGAACCUUCGCCGACUGUGACCUCUAAUUUGGAUGUCACUGCGACUCCUGCAUCCGGGACUGCAGCCAGGACUGCUAACUUGACACUCAGUCCUUCUUCGACUUUAGUUUUUGCCCAGUCGUCCGUGAGCCAGACAGAUGUGAGUGGUUACCACUUUUCAUGAAUUAUCACAAAUUUCUUUCCGUCCGUCCCAAAAUUUUUGAUCAUCCUUCUAAACACUUUUACCGUCAAUAUUUAACUGGGGCCUACUUCAAUACGAAAUGUUGCCUCGUUCCAUUAAAUGGGCAUGCAUACAUUUAAAACUGCGCCGAAAAUUACCAGUGAAUUUCUCUCGUUCUAAGAAGGCUUUCCUUUCUGCCAUCUACACCUAGCCGACCUUUUCUUAUUUCUCCAUUUGAAGAGGAUGGUUCAAUAACAAACUUCUGUUUUUGCGGCGAAGUUUUAUUCUAGGUUAUUGAUCGUGGGAAGAGGCGGAAGGACCUAGGAAAAAAAGGUCAACUUUUUCUAAGAGCAUACGGGGAUGGUCUUUCGAAAGGCGGUUAAUGGUAAUCCGGAUUAAAAAGUUAACCUAUCCUUGAUUUCACUUUAAAUUUAGGGUAUAUUAGGGCUUACUUUUUAAGAGGUUUUACAAUAGUGUAUAACAAAACUGAAGGAAAAAUUAUAAAUUAUUAAAACUGUCUGCAAAGCAUCAAAACUAAAUCAAAAAUUGUUGGGUAACUCUUGGUUAGCUUAAUCUUCCUUUGAACAACCCGGCCCAUGUGUGUAUGUAGUCGAGGAUAUCUGGACUUGGAAUAGACAUCACAUGAUUGUAAGCCUUUUAUUAUUUUCAAUAUAGGACAGCGACAACCUGUUCAAACAAGCGGCAAAAGAACUCGAGGGAACGCUGAGACGUAAUGUUGAAGAGGUGUCUACUCUUUUCAUUUGUAUAUGUAUUUAUGAUCUCCUCAUUUUAACACAAUCUGUGGCUGUUGUCCCACCGAAGAACUUUUAUAAUAUUUAAUAAUGUUUUUUAAUGUUGUAGAUCGAAUAGGGACUACUAUUUUAAAAAAACAAGCUAGCGACAAUAUUUCUCAGCAAAAUAAAUAUUAAAGGAAAGUAACUGGAAUUUACCGAAAGGGUACCUGGUAAGAAUCAUCCACAAAUUCCACCCAUAAGUCUCACCAGAAGACAAACCAGGUUGAGGGCAGCGGCUAGCUAUAGUGAGCCUGAAGAUCCUGCUGUUUUUCAAUUUUCCUUCUCUAUUGAGCCCAAAGCAGAAAAACACAGAAUAAGUGGAUUUAUUUAUAUAUCUAUUCAGGGGUUACAGCCCAUUUUGACUUCACACAUCUAUUUUCUUGACGUUUAUGUAUGAUGCGUUCAUGGAUCUUCAGCAUAUUUCGGCAAGGACUGAACAAAUUAAAACUUUGAUUCUAUUGUCACCAAUACGUGUUCAUAAAAGUUCUUGGAUUAUUUGCCUUCCAGCUUAAUGGAAAAAUCACUAAUAAGAUCGACCCAAGAUCUAACCCGAGGGAUGUUAAUGUUAUUGACACGCUGACAAAAAUGACCGAGCAAAACCAGGCUUUUUUAACGAGGUUCAACAAUUCGGGCAAUGCCACUGGCUAUUCCUUCAACGCCACUAAAGGCUUGGGUUUUGGUAAGACGAUUUUCUUUACAUCGAUACCUCUUGUAGUUUAUUAGCUGAGGCAGUCUCCUUUCCCAUUACCCCCUUAAAAGAAAUGAUCUAAAAGGAAGCAUUUUAUUUAAAAACAAUCAAGUCGCAAUUUUUCCUGGAUUUUCUAGAGUUAAAACUGUAUGUAUUUCUUCAUUAACUCUUCACACCCAAACAACGCUGCAUGUGCAUAUUCUCCCAAUUGUUCUGUCUACAUUUCCUGUGGUAAUGACAAGGAGAAUUUGUUUUUGAAACAGUCGAGAGCUCCUUUAGUUGGCAACAAUUUCUUUUAUUCUCAUGACUUUACAGUGAUACUGUAAGGAGUAAUUAGCUGCUGGUCUAUCUUGCGAUUUGAAGGGUUGAGGUUUCUUAUCAACAGGCAGAUUCUCAGAUUCUGUGGCAUCAUUCUUCCUUACGCGUGUGUUAUAAUAACUCGUACGACACUUACUGUUACAAAUUUUAACUUAAACUCCAAUGUUCCUUCCUAGUAUUGCUGAUUAAGAAGCUUGACUGCCACAAAAACAGAUCGUUAGCUAUUCCUGAUCGCUCUGAUAAGACGACUAGUCGAACGCUGGCAAAGUUCUCGGAUUACGUGUCCUUCAAAUUUGACUGCCCAUGGAUCGUAAUAAAUGGUAACUGGCAAUUUACGGGAGUAACUUUAGAAAAUAGAAGCUUUGGUCCCUGUAAUUAAGUCAUAAUCCAACAGCUUUGUAUGAAAAAACGUUCUCUCGUCUCUUUUCGUCAACAGCAGUCCCUAACCUCCCAGGUAUCGAGCAUUUCCUAAAAAAUGGGAUGUGGUCAAUUUGUCGAGAGUGUAGCUCGUUAGGGGGGGUGGGUAGGGUUCUUAUUGUGAAUGUGGUCCCUUCCUUCUCGUUUGAAAGAGUAAUAAUUUAUAAAUGUGAUAAAACACCUCGCUUUGUUUGAAAAUCCAAUAAGAUAACAGAGACACACCUCACCUGCCUCCUCCUCCUCCAGUAAUGCUUCUUGCACCCCUGGCCUUUUUCUCCGUGGAAUUCGAUAAAUGUGAGUUUUCGAGAGUUCCGUCUUCAUCUCUUUAUUCAAGCCACUCGGCCGAAGAGUUCCAACUCAAGGAAAAGAAGAGAUGUCCACAUUGAAAUGACCAUGGAAGUCGGCGCUGAAGAAGAGGACGAGACUGAUGACUUCCAGGAAUUCCAAAUGCUGCAUCAUCCCUCACGUGUCAGGAGAGAGGCAAACUGUGGGCCACUCCCGUGUAAUGGUUAGUGUGGGCCACUCCCGUGUAAUAGUUAGUCGGAAGGGUUACCCCUUCCCCCCCUCCCCCCCCGGCCUUCCUGCUCCCGUUUUUGCAGCUAUUAUGUUUACUAAAACCUAUUUUGACUGAGUGUCGUAAAGAAAAACCUAAAGAAAUCACAAUGCCCAGUCAUAGAUAUAAGCCCGGAAAUACUGGAGCCGAGGAGAAUAAAAAUUAGAGUUGAAAACGUAACUGGUUUCUAUCGUGGAAAAAGAAGUGAUUAAUUUAGUCUUGAAUCUGAUUGAUUAAGAGAGCUUUCCUUGAUUGAUUAUCGCGCUCAUUAAAGUUAUCAUUCUUAUUUCCUUAGUUAGUUGAUUAGAAACGAACAGGAGAGAAUCAAGAUUAACAAGCUUAUCCUGUUCUUGACGUGACUUUUUGCCGGUAUACCAAGCAGGCUCUCGGAUAGGCAGGCAGGACUUGACUCAGUCGAGUCCUGCAGUACAGACCCUUGUACAGCUGCGUAUUUGUAGAUUGGGCUAGGUUCCGAUUGAUUGUGACUGUCCUACCUGAGUAAUUAGGCUCUUCAGAUCAGGCCUUCCAUCAAAACAUCAAAAGCAGUUUUGAGGGUCUUAUCAUGAUUUCAAUGAUGAUGAUGAUAAUAACGAUGAAGAUGACCUUAAUCAUUACUAUUUUUGUUUUUCAUCCAGUAAAACGCUUUGAAACAACUAUGGAAAUAACAGACAGAGUAUUCAACAGCAGCUUGAACGACAAGUCUUCAUCGUUUUAUAAAAAGCUGGCAAAAGAAAUAGAAAAUAAUAUGGUAUUUUAUAGACUCAUCAGAUCUUUGGUAUAAAAAUUUUUACAACAGUGGAAAAACUGAACGAGGAGUCUUUUUUAUUUAUUUGGGUUCCUUAAGCUAGAUACUGUUUCUCGGCAUCUCAAACAAUGGAUGGAAUGGAAAGAAAAUAAUGACGUAACUACAUUUGGUGCUAUAAUGCCACCGACACACAAGCCCUUUGGGUGUGUGUAUCUCGUUCGGGCAUAAAAAAGAGAUUCUUUUAUUUUUGAAUUGGAGGCUGUUUUUUUUGGGUUCAACCUCAGCUGUUGGAAAAUUUAUAUUUUUGUCCUUUACAUCUUCCAGACACUUAAAAAUUCUUCCCGCUUCGAUUACCUCCGCACAUAGAAAGGACUCGUGAAAAUAUUACUUGACAAUGUUACUCUUCUCUUAUGAACGUACUAAAAUCUAACAAUAAAAUCUCUGUUAACACAUCUUUAAUGUAUGCUUGUUUAUUACGUUUUUCUUUCAGCUGAAUGACACAGUCAACCCACUUGAUGUACGUGACGUACAGAUACUAAAAUUUAGGUACGUUUUAUGGAUUGCAGCAAAAUUUCAGGAACACUGAAGUGAGGAAAUCUGGCGGAUAUCUGUAGAUACAAGCGCUCUUCUAUUGAGACCACUUGUUCAGGAUACUUUUAAUCUUAUGUGUUUUAUAUAAUUUUGAUUCAAAGCGCUACCAGUGGAAACGGCGUCCAGGCUGAGUUCUAUCUGGAUGUUGCUGGCGUAGAUCUCGCUAAUUCCGUGACUGCUGCCUUGAAGAAUGCAACAAAUGGCGCUACAUUUGGGGAGUUUAAAGUAGAACCCAGCGCUUUCAAUGCUACACAUAGAGUAGUUGGUAAGUUGAUGCUUAAAAAACUGAGGCCUGAUACCAUAUCGUGCCUCACUUUCCUGAGGGCAAGAUGGAAGGGAGACGCUCAGAUGAGGGAAAUCUGGGUUGGAGAGAGUAUCGUAAGGGCUCCUGGGAAAGAUACCUUACCGUUAAAAUUCCACUCUCCAGAAGAAAAAGUGAAAAUCAAAUGAAUAUCAACCAAGAUAAAAUUGGAAACCUAAACGCACAGACAAAUCCUUUGACGCGUAUCCGUUGAAAUUUCAAUUUUGAAUACCGUAGUUAAUUCAUUACUUUGUUUUAUGUUUAGUUAAUGGCAAAUUCGGCAAUUGGAAUAGUUGGUCAGAAUGUGAUGAUGAAUUUGAACAAAAGCGAACACGGACGUGUGAAGGAGCCCUGUACGGCGGUAAAUGUCAUGGCCAUAACCAAGAAACCAAGAAAUGCGGUAAGAAAAGCUACGCCCGGACCUACAAUGAUCCAUAAUUGAAGUAAUUAAAAAAAAACACCGAAAACAAAUCAAGCUAUUUAACUUAUAACAGUGUGCAGAAUUGAUCUUAGUGGUUGAAUAUAAUAAAUCCAUUCCCGUCAGCAGCCUAGCGCGGCAACAGAUCCAAUCUCAAGUACUCAAAAACUUUUAUUUGCCUCCUCCCCCCUCUCCCUUGCUUCUCCUUGGUAAGUCAUUCGGUUGUGAGCCUGGAGCUCGAAAUUGAAAGUCCUGCAGUACAAACGUCCUGCGGUACACAUGUAACAAAUUGCGGCUUUGGAAAAUUGGUCGCUCUUCCAUUUUGGUAUAUAAGAAAAAUUACUUUGCCUUUUCUAGUCUUCAUCCUUCCUGCUUCUAUUUCCAUUUUUAAUUACUUGAAAUGGAGGCAAAGAAAAGGUACCACAAAACUACAGAAUCGCUCCUCUUAUCAAAACAAGUGUUUGCUCCUUUUUAAUACACGCUUUAUUUGGUUGCACUUCUGUUUUCGCUGUAGGAGAGUCACAAAGGAAGCCCCUUAGGCAAAAAUAGAAAAAUUAGCCGGAGAGCCUGCUCUUAACAUUUUUAUUACUCCUGUUUGGCUUGACAGAUUGCAGAUACAAUUUUACAGCCGGUGGGAACAUCACAUCUCCUCUGUUUGAUGAUGAGUAUCCAACCAAUGUGAACUGUACAUGGGUAUUACAGGCACCUGUCAAUCAUACCGUAAAACUGGAGAUGAAGGAAUUUCAUUUGGAAAAAGAUAAAAAGUGUUUCUAUGAUUUUAUGAAAUUUUUCGACGGAAGGAAUUUAACUGAUGCCUUUCAAAUAGGAGAGCGGUUGUGCGGAGAGCCCAAAGUCCCAUUCACUAUUAACUCUACGGGGCGAUACCUUACGAUUCAGUUCACGUCUGAUAAAAGUGAAACCUACAGAGGUUUCAGAGCUGAGUGGGAGACCAAGGAAAUAGGUAUGAGAUGAUAUGUGAUAAUUUGCUUUAAUUUCAGUGUGAAUCAUAUGUUGUGAUUUUGCUGUAAUUUAGAAAAGAGUACAAGAGUUAUGAUACACUUUUUCUUCACUUAUUUUGUGCAUGACCGUAAAAAAAUCCGUAUAAACUCAUAACUAUAAAAGAAUACCUAAUUACCUAAGAUUGAGCAAAUCAAUAGCAAAGAGGGACGGCCAAACGAGUAACAAAUCCAAAACACAUGAGUAAGAUUUGCAGCUAGGUUUCGAACUUUGCAAAAUAGGGUAGACCGAACAGUCGAGAAGUGUUCUCGGAUGCGUGUCGAAAAUAUCCAAGAGUUCGCCGUCGUAGCAGGCCUUAACGCAUGCGCAAGUUAAAUGAUUAAGGCAUGUAAAAGUCGUUAACUAUCGUGUUCUGACGUCCCAUUCGUUGAACAAGCCAAUCAGAUAUUAUACAGAUUCCUACUCACACCAACCCGUGAUCGAAGACCGAGAAGUCUGAGGAUAAUAAUCCCUCUCUGAAAAAAGUUAAACGUACACACACGCGCGUGCGGGUAAGAAGCGGGCUUGUCCCUCCCGUCCGGAAAUUUAAAAUUUAACCACCACAAGCGCCCGCUAUUCAAGACCAUCGUUGUCAACUUAUUUGAAACAAUAAUUUCAAAUUUAUAGUCUUUCAAAAUCUGGUUUUUUUUUGUUAUUACUGUUUUUAGAAAUGAGAGUGACAAAGUAUGUGAAGCAGUACGUCACAGCUUUAGUGAUGAUUUACAGCCCGACAGUGAACGACACACAUUAUCCUCUUGGUACGGCCACCACGUGUUCUUCAGAAAGGUACUUGUUGUAAAAAAAGAAAACCAUACCUAAUCCGACAGUAUUCGACGAAAUUCUGCUAAACAGAAUAUUGAGCCCGCAUCUUCGUUUGGACGGCUGUAUGCAGGGCAAUUAACGCCGAAUAUCCUCGUUAGCAAACAAAAAGGCUGUGAAGCUGGCAUGUUUUUAGGCGCGUUGAAAAAGAAAAGAAAAAAAUGCGGAGAGAGGGUUAUUUCGUCCAAGCUCCAUGCGGGAGUGCAGGAAAGAGAAAAUUUGGUGUCCUUCUCCGAUUAAUUCAGUGAUUUCAAUGAGAAAUGUUUGCUUCACCAAUCGGAGUUAUUCAAGUUACCUCAGCUGGUUUAAAUUUCACGGUGAUAUCUCAUAUUCACAAUCAGUAAUGGUCAGCUUGCUCGUGUGGGCUGAAUCAUUGUGGCUUAAACAUAUGAUGCAUCGCUUGCAAGACUAAUAUUAAAUUUGUCGAUUUCAUUUUUAGCCAAGCCAAUGACAAGGAAUGCGUCUUUGAAGACAAAGUAUUUAUUAUUUCCCGGCUAAUAACUGCUCAGAUGGACCGCAGUCUUCCACUUGAUGGCGACAACAGAAUCGUUUUAAAUUUUGAGCAUAUUAUGGUAAGAAAAUUGCAAUUUCUGUGCCCGACUGCACACUGAAACUUAUUACGUCUCAAAAACAAAGCAUACCUUCCUUAGAAACCGUUCCUAGGUAGUCCAUAUCAGUUCUUUCAAGUAGUUUUCGACGAGUUUUUAAUUCUGGCUCUUUUUACAAAGGAUUACUUUUCUUUGAACAUAUAAGGUAUGGUUAUGGGAGAACUCAUACGCCUAAGGGGCACGUGGCCUACUCCAUAUUGGUCAAGGAAAUCAGGAUACACUUCAUUAUCGUUACACGAUUCUGCUAGUGUUACAGUUCCAGUGCUAGUCCCAAAACUCAGUCCCAAUGCUACUCCCAGACUCAAUCCCAAACUCAGUCCCAGUACCAAGCGAGCUAAUAGCUAUGUGAGGUGUUUUGAGGGAGAUGUAAACUUUAAGGUUCUUUACUAUUUUUUUCUUUUUUUCCAGCACGAGAAACUCUUCCCUGCUAUCUACAAUGGAGAAAAGACGUGCGUGUCCUGGAACAAAGAAGCAAAGUUAGUAAUCAUGAAGUAAUGUAGAGGUAGAAUAAAUGAUAAUAUUCCUCUAAACAAGUGUCUCACAUUCUCUAGGAACGAGCCUAUGGACAAUUCUGAUCUGUAAGUCGAUUUCGACUUCCUCCACGAGCCAUGUUCAUCGGGAGCGUUGUUAGUUAUGUUAAAAACAAUCGCUAAGUGCACGUAGUAACCCAGACAUUUCGAGCAUCCUUUUUAACUUUAUGAAGAUGAUGCUGGUAGAUUUCUCUUAGUAGCAAUAAUUUUAACAAGCUUUGAUACAAAGUGAUGAAUCUCUUUAAGGAAAAAAUGAUGUGCGCGUAGGUCAUUAAUUCAACCUGCAUUCCUACAGCUGCUGUUUUUAAAAUUCACACACAAUCAACCACAUUUUUCACAUAUGAAAAACAAUCACGCCAAAUACUUACGUACUUUGAACAAAAACAGCCGCAUUCCAACCGAAAUUGUUGUAGUAAAGCUUUUUUAGUUUUUAUUGAUUUAAUCUAUACCUCUUUUAAUCUGCCGGUUCCAGUACACUUCAAUCAAAGGGUGGCUGGACAAGGCGCGGUUGUUCAGUUGUGAAAACAAACCUCACACACACAUCUUGCGCCUGUAGCAAGCAAGGGCUGUUCGCUGUGGUGGGAAAAGAAAAGGUAAUAGACACUUUGUUUUCGUUAAUUGUGAAUGACAUCAUUAACACAACAACGAUGACGAUAAUAAUACUGGCAAUGACCAUGAUGAAAAUGCCGACGAUGACGAUGAUGACCUACUUUGACGAUGAAGACCACGACGACAACAACGAUGACAACAAUCACGAUGACGCAGACGAUGAUGGCCAUUGGUAAUAACAAUAACGAUGACGACAAUAACGACGACAAUGAAAACGAUGUCGACCGCGAUGGUGGAUGACGAAAAGGUGAUGAUGAUGAUGAUGGUGGAUGACGAAUAGGUGAUGAUGAUAAUAGUGGAUGACGAAAAGGUGAUAUGAUGAUGAUGGUGGUGGUGGAUGACGAAUAGAUGAUGAUGAUGAUGAUGAUGGAUGACGAAAAGGUAACGAUGAUGAUGAUGAUGGUGAAUAACGAAAAGGCAAUGAUGAUAACGAUGAUGGAUGACGAAAAGGUGAUGAUGAUGAUGAUGAUGGUAAUGAUGAUGAUGUUGGAUGACGAAAAGGUGAUGAUGAUGAUGAUGGUGGUGGAUGACGAAUAGGUGAUGAUGAUGAUGAUGGAUGACGAAAAGUUAACGAUGAUGAUGAUGGUAAAUAACGAAAAGUCGAUGAUGAUAAUGAUGAUGGAUGACGAAAAGGUGGUGAUGAUGAUGAUGAUGGUGGAUGACGAUGAUACCAAUAACAAUCAAUAAUGUGGCUGCUGACGAAAAUGAUGAUGAUGAGGUUGAUAACAGUGAUGAUUAUUAGGAGUAGGAGGAAAAUGAAAAAGAAGAAGAAAAAGGAUGGUUGAAGACCGUUCUACGCCAUCAUUUGACCUUGAGUUGUUUUUCUCAUUUGUAGGUGGAGUCUCAAAAACUCAAACUUUUGGCGAAUACGUACAUCGGAAUUGGAAUUUCAUUUUUUAUCCUCCUCUUAGCAAUUGUACACAUCGUCUGGAAAGUGUGAGUGGAAGCCACUUUUAAUCAGUUUCUCUCCUGAUUCAUGAUUUUGGUUUGCCGUGCCUUAUCAAGCUGCCUAGAUUUGAGAUGCGAUUCUAUUCAAAAUUUUUAAAGGAUUUGCCUUCUGUUUGUUUUCGUAGUGAAAUCCACGGAGGAGAAGUCAUGCGUAUCAACAUGUGCGCCGCCAUCAUCGUCAUGCAAUGUGUAUUUCUGAUUGGUGCACACGUUAAGGCUCAGCAGGUAAUACAAAAAUUCUCUCUACCAUUCUCUCUCUGUCAGAUGUGACAAACCAGGUGUGUUCCCAAGAGGGAUACUAUGCUCAUAAUGGAUUUAAUCAAAAUCAUCUUGCAGUUAAAAGGAAGAGUAAAUUCAAAUGAAAAACUUCAGAAAAAAACUCUGACCCUCAAUCACGAAGAUUCUUUUACUCAUUAAAACUGAAGAAGCAUAAGUUACCGAAUGCCUGUGUCGUAAUUGUUGGACAUAUCCCGUCCCUUUAAUUAGAUAUUUCUUGCCAAAAGUAACUUCAGUUUAAAAGUUUAUUGUGUCGUGUUUUUAUUGUUUAGACACUCUGUGGUUUCCUGGCCUUCGCCGUAUAUUUUUCAGUGUUGGCAGAGUUUUGCUGGCUUCUUCUCCACGGUCUGAGAAUCCAUGGAAAGAUCAAGAAGAUAUUUGCCUCAAAUCUCAACAUCGAAAUCGUUUACGUAGUAAUUGGAUGGGGUAAGAUUCAGAAAUAUUACACUUUUAUAUAGUGGGAAAGUUGGGCGGUAGGAACGAAUUUCAACAUUUAUUACAAAAAGCCACAACUUUAGGGAUUGGAAUUUGUUUUACCUGGCUUGCCGAGAGGUGACCUUUCAAAACGAUUUAAGUAAAUGGUUGACUGUGGGGGAAUUGGGCACGAGAUUAAGACAACAGUUACAGCGAUCAUUAGCGCGUGUCUUGUUGUUUAUUGCAGGAUUGCCAAUGCUACUGGCUCUUAUUGCUAUUGGUGUGCAGAUUGAUCUCAAAAACCCUGAUGACGUGUAAGCAAUUUAAAUUCACUUCUUUAUUAUAACUUUUAUCAUUGCUAGAAUUUACCUGUAGCUAAUAACAACAGUCAAAGAGAUAAGAUCUAGAAAUAAUGUUUAAACGCACGUUACGUAUCAAAUAUAACAUCAAAGAUCGUUGGUGAUGUCAAAAUGCGGUAGAAACAAGAAUAAAUCAAAAUCCAAAUAAACUAGAACACAGGUUUUUUUUUUAAAGCGAUCUUGUUUGAAAGCAGACAGAUAAAAUCUGGUUUUUUUUUGUGCUUGUCGUUUUGCUUCUUAACAGUUGCUGGGAAGCAGCAGCAGGCAGCGCUAUGUGGGGAUAUGCUGGACCCGUUCUUAUCAUUGCCUUAGUGAGUAUUUCAUUUCGCUUUAGGAUACGAAGUAAGAUAUGAAAUUCUUAGCUCUGAACAUUGUGAAUCUGACGACAAGGACCCCGCCCACCCAAAACAGGUUCCCACCCCAUCGCCACCCCCCAAACCAACCCUACCUCUAGUUACAAAUAAUUUUUAAAUAAUUUUAAUUCUUGAAAAAAACCUCACACGCUUCUAAGUUCCGUUAGCACUCUACUGAGAUCUUUCCCACUGAAAAUAUAUAGCCUUUAAGAAACGCAAAUAAAUGAGGCUUUUUCGCAGGCUGGAUUAUUUUUAUGGUUCAGUAUCUUCUUUUUUCUCUCUUGUUCACCCGCCGGUUUUUUUCAUGAUUAUUUCCGUCUCAGUUCAAUGUGGCCAUUUUGGUGAAACUUCUUAUUCCAACUGAAGAUGUUCGAAACAACUAUGACUACGAAGAGAUGAGGUACAAUCAUUUUUGAAGAGUAACAGUUGUAAAGGUUUUGAAGUAAUUGUAAAGGUUGUAAAAAUGUGUAAAAUAAUUGAAAAUGUCUUAACGCGAUCUUGUCACGCGCUUCAACGCAUUGAGAUUCCAAACUGAACGACUCACUUUGGUAGUGGGUUCUAUUACCAUGAUGAAAGUGGUGCAGAUUGUCAGGAAACGAUCGUGAAUAUUGAUUCGUGUUAUAAGGAAUCCACGUGUAACUUUCCUUCUUGGCAGAUUCCGGGUGAUCAAAGACGCUAUCUUGUUGGCUUUCUUCGGUUUGACCUGUACAUUUGCCUACCAAGCUGUCGAAAAGGAGCGGUUCACGGAACAGUAUAUCUUGACAACCUUUGUUGUCUUGCAGGUGAACCACACGUCAUUUUAUAUUCUAAAUAUCCCUCCACCUCUUCCCUUCCAUCCGUCUAUCCUCUUUUUGUAUUUACUUUUUCAACAUCGUCCAAAAAGCAUUGCACCAGAAUCAUCAAGUCCCGUUAAACAGGAACUGAUUGCAAUGGCUUCCUUUGUUAUUAAUGUUUUCUUUUAAACUUUUCAUUUCCUUCCUUCCGUUUAUUUUUAUUUCUUUAUAAAUAUCACGAUUGCUACCUCUUUAGAAGCAGCACUAAUGCCAUGUAAGUGCACAACUUUUUUGCUGAUAAUGGUCCCAAGUCAUGUUCAUUAUCUGCUAGCUCCGCAUAGUGAGUUUGCACUUUCUAAGUUUUUUUCCAAUUUAUUUCAGGCCAUUGCUAUGUUUGUUUUUGGAAAAGAGGUAAGCGUUACUUGAUUAUUCAGAGUGAUGUAACAAGGUACAAUAAAUGGAAAAAACAGGGAUUAUUUGAAAUAUAAAUGUACAGAAAAUUAUCGCACGGGAUUGAUUUAGUUGCGUUAAGUUCCCUGAUAACUUCCCAAAGAGAGGGUGUCUCCUCUUGAAUAUCUGGUAGCUUAUGGAAAGGUGGUAGAAAUUUCGUUAGCAUCACUGAAGUGUCACAUGAUGUAACGCUGUAAGAAUAUGAAACAAUGGGAAGCACGCAAAAAAUUUAAGAAAAAUUGUAAAUUAAUUGUAAGCAGAUCCGAGGGUUGAACUAGUGACUUAACCACGGGAUACAAUGCAACCCGGAAGAUAAUGUGGGUUGUUUUGUCGACAAGUACCCGUGGGAUAGCAAUCUAGCCUGGCGUUCAAUAUCAUCCAUCCCUCGCACAAUCGGAGCCAGUAUCUGUAUUCGCUCUCCUUGAUAAAACACGAACGAGUUUUCCUGGUCUACUGGGAGUUAUUAUUUAGGUUCCCUUAGAGCAUUGUGUCAGAUUUGAAGAAUCUGCUAGAAUCUGCAACACUCUAACCAAAAUAAUUUUAAAGCAAUGAUUUUGGGCUAGAUCAAGUAAGUUUUGAAAAUGAGUGGACCGUGAUAAUGCCAACUUUUCAGCUUGUUUGUUCGAAUUUUAAAGUGAUUUGUUGCCAACCACAAUUCUUCAGGGUCGAAAAGAUUUUGUUAAGCAAGCCGAGAAAGCCAAACCGGAUGCAAGCACUGCCGAGAUCCAGCCGACCGCAAACGAGGAACCUGAAAAUAUUUACGAGAAUAUUGAGGAUGUAAAACCAGGAACCGACUUGGGAGAGGGUCCAGUGAAGAAACCUCGAAAGAGAAAUGCAGGGGUAAGAUGAAAAAAGACUUAAAACCUGCCCUAUUACACAUCGAAAUCUAGGAGUUCAGUUCAGUGGCUACAACUGACAAUAAUCCAUACAUAAUUAUAUAAGGUGUGUAUAGAACUUACGUAACCUUAAAUCAACUAAAACCAACAGGCCCAGUAAGUGUUAUCAUAGCGGAGCUCGCAGAGCGUAGCCCCAUAAUUAUACAAAAUAGUAGUAACCCAUCAAGCCGAAAAAAUUUGGAUGUACGACCGUACAAGGUGCUACUUUUAACAUGCGUGGUCAACUGUACCGCGGGCACGCCAACACCACGGCUUUGUUCAGUAGUUCAGUGGUCAGUGCACUAGGCUCCGAGUCAGACGACCGGGGUUCUAGUCCUGGCCGGGGCAAGGCGUUGUGCCCUUGAGACGUGUGGGAAAAAAAAUGCGAGCUCCGCUUUUAGGCUUGGCUAAAUCUAUAUAUUAACUUGAUUGCCAUGACUUAUUUGGCGUAGGUUGUUCCGUUUUGUUUUUAAUACGAAAACUAUUUUACUUUCUCGUUAGAACAAACAGCCGGAGAAAAUCACAGUUUCCACUUUGAAAAACCUCAACAUCUACAAGGAAGGAGGUCAAUACGUAAUCGAGGCCUGAACCAAUCAGAAAUGUAAUCAGGCGCCCGUAAUCGUCCGAAAAUUUACUCACAUCACAGUAGAACUGCUGGCAGUCAAUUAGUUGCAAUGUGGACACUCUACGCAUGUUUCACUUCGUAGAUAUAUUACCUCAAACUAUUAGAUUCAAGAGUGAGUCAUGAAUGCUAUGAAAACUUACAUUUUUUUGUAGAAAAUAAAACAUUAAAGCGUGUUGAAUAAAUCCACUCACAGAACAACAACCGAGUUACCAGUCAGCGGACUACCAUUCCAAUAUUGGCACAGACGAUUCCGUCAUUUCAAGAGAAAAGACAGUUAAAUUAUAUCAAGCAAUACUUUUUAUCAUUCAACCGAGGGUUGUAAUGGAGAAUAUUCAUUCAAGAAGACGUCUCUCAUCACUGAACUUUUUUUUCUGCGAUACACACUCAUUUUAAGGCCAACCAUACAUUGUUUACUUCUGUUUCUUGUUACCGUCCUAAAUUUCACUAACUCAGCAAUAACCUCUACGCCAAUGAUGCAGAAGAAGCGCAGGCCAUGAUCGCGGUUUGAGUUGUUUGGGAUAUAGAGAAUAAUACAUGGGCGCGCGUAGAUAUGGAAUUUCUCUUCGAGUGUUGAACUCGACAGCUCACGAGUGAGUGCAGCGAAC